AUGGGGGGCAGAAGCACCACUCCGGUUUGCUUUCCUUUCUUUCACUCGCCACCAAAGAUGAAAUCCAGUGCCUCCAGCGCCACCUCUGAAAAGCAAAAUGUUGUUGUCCAAACAGACGAACGCAGUUUGGACGAGGAAUACGAUUACAGUGACCCAAACAAUUACAGCACAAACUAUGUUGACCAAUACAAUCCUAAUGGGUUACGAGUUCCAACCAAAGCCGAGGAGCAAUCCUUGAGAAGAGUGAUUGGCAAGAUCAAUUUUGCCAUUAUUUUGAUUUGUGUCGUUGAAUUUGCAGAACGAGCUUCGUAUUAUUCUGUUACUGGUAUCUUGACAAAUUUUGUGCAAAGACCAUUGCCAGAAGGUUCGCCUCACGGGUGGGGUGCACCGGCUUCAAACAGUGGUAGUGAAAGUGCUGGUGCGUUGGAUAGGGGAUUGCAGACUGCUAGUGCUUUGACCAACUUGGUCACAUUUUUGGCUUACGUUGUGCCAUUGUUUGGUGGCUACUUGGCUGAUACCACUUGGGGAAGAUGGAAAACAAUCCAGUGGGGUGUAUUGUUUGGUGGAAUUUCGCACGUUUUGUUUAUUGUUGCUGCCGCUCCCAGUGUCAUUGCCAAUGGCAAAGCUGGUUUGGCAAUUUGUAUUCUUGCUAUAUUCACGUUGGCAACCGGAUCAGGAUUCAUCAAACCCAACCUUUUGCCGUUGAUGUUGGACCAGUACCCAGAGUCCGGAAACAGGGUAAAAGUGUUAAAGAGUGGUGAAAAAGUUCUCAUUGAUAGGGAAAAGACUUUGGAAAGUAUCACGUUGGUGUUCUAUUGGUCCAUCAAUAUUGGUGCUUUUUUCCAGUUGGCAACAUCCUACUGCGCCAGGCGUGUAGGCUUCUGGUUGGCGUUCUUUGUACCAUUGGUACUCUACCUUGUCAUGCCAAUUGCAUUCUGGUGGGUCAAACCGAAAUUGGUUUUUGAAAAACCAAGUGGUUCAAUAUUAGGAGUGGUGCUUAAAAUUCUCAUUGUCUCAUUUUCGGGCAAUUUUAUCAAACGUGUAUUCGAUGGCACCUUUUGGGAAUAUGCCAAACCAUCUGUCAUGAGGGCUAGGGGCCGCGAAAAUUUCAAAAAGGGUUCCCCAAUCAACUGGACCGACCAGCACGUUCUUGACGUCAAACAAACUUUGGACGCGUGCAAGUUGUUUGUGUAUUUCAUCUUUUACAACUUGGCAGACAAUGGAUUGUCCUCAGUUACCACCUCAUUAGCAGGGGCGAUGGAUUUGAAUGGAGUACCAAAUGACUUGUUCAACAAUUUCAACCCCCUUUCAAUCAUUGUUGUGAUUCCGAUUUUAGACUACAUCGUCUACCCACUUUUGAGACGGUACCGCGUCAACUUCAGACCAAUUCAUCGGGUGUUUCUUGGAUUUGUGAUUGCAGCUCUGGCCCAAGUUGCUGGAGCUGUUUUGCAGCACCGAGUGUAUGAAACUUCGCCAUGUGGCAACCACUCAACCAACUGUCCUGAACCAUCACCAAUCAGUGCUUGGCAGGCAUCGUCAUUUUUCAUUUUAACUGGUGCGUCAGAAUGUUUUGCGAUGGCCACUAUAUAUGCACUUGCGUACACCAGAGCAGCUCCAGCUAUGAAAGGAAUUACCACAGCACUAUUCCUCUUCACUAUGGCAAUCAGUGCCGCUAUCAGUUUGGCUGUAACUCCAGCGUUGAAGGAUCCUCAUUUGGUCGUGGUGUUUGCAGUUGUAGCUGGUGUUGCAUUCUUGGCUGGUGUGGUGUUGUUGAUUCACUUUUUCAAUUUACACAAGACAAUGGAAAAAGAAGAACAAGAAAGAAUUGCCAUGGGACAAGAAACAUCCGAAAGUACUAAGUUGGAGGAUUUGGAGCCAAUCAGUAGUGUUCACCCACCAUUGGAUGUAGUGACCUCUAAGCAAUAA